CAACUGACAGGUAGCAUGCAACUGAAACUGGUGCUGCUUUUAGCCAUUUUUGGCCUGGCCAAAAUAAGGUCCGAGAUGCGCUAUGACAACUAUAAAGUCUACAAAGUAAAUAUUGAGAAUAUGCAACAGUUUGAGCUGAUCAAUGCCAAGGAAAAAGCACUGCAACUUAGCAGCUGGCGUGAGGCGCGUCAUCUAGGCGACUCCUCGGACAUUAUGCUGCCUCCACAAACGCAGCAGGCAUUCGAGCAGCUGCUCAACAGCCAAAACUUCAACUACAGCUUAAAGAUCGACAAUGUGCAAACACUGAUCGAUGCUCAACGUCCAAAACAACGCACUGGUUACAUGGAGUGGACUCAGUAUCACACGCUGGACGAGAUCUACGCUUGGUUGGAUGUGCUUGAAGAGCGUUAUUCGGACAUUGUGACGCCCUUUACAAUUGGCAACUCCUACGAAGGACGUCCGAUUCGUGGCAUUAAAAUAUCUUAUAAGGAAGGUAAUCCAGCUGUCUUCAUUGAGUCCAAUAUUCAUGCUCGUGAAUGGAUCACUUCGGCUACGAUCACAUACUUUAUCGAUGAGUUGCUUGUGCCUGGUAAACCGGGCACCAAAGACAUAGCCAAGAAUGUGGAUUGGUACAUAAUCCCCGUACUGAAUGUCGAUGGUUUUGUCUACUCACACGAAGCGGUACGCCUUUGGCGCAAGUCGCGUUUUCCCUCUGACCCAAGUCUGACAGGAUAUUGCAUUGGCACCGAUUUGAAUCGCAACUUUAACUAUCGCUGGAUGCUGAUUGGUGCUUCGGACAACCCUUGCGCGGAAACCUAUGCAGGUCCUUCGGCUGAGUCCGAUCUGGAGAUCAGUCAGCUGACCAGCUACAUAGACAACCAAAUACCAGAUGGUACUAUUAAGAUCUACAUAUCACUGCACUCCUAUGGCCAAUAUGUGCUUUCACCCUGGGGCCACACGGCUGAAGAAUUCCCCGAACACUAUCCCCAGAUGAUGGCUGUAGCCAAGGGUUUUGCCGAUGCCUUAGUUCGACGCUAUGGCACAGUAUUCACCUAUGGCUCAAGUGCCACAACGCUUUAUGAAGUUUCUGGUUCUGGCAAGGAGUGGGCCUAUGGUGUGAAGAACAUAACCAUACCAUACACCAUCGAAUUGCGUGAUAAGGGUGAUUUGGGAUUCCUACUGCCGCCCACGGAUAUAAUACCUGUGGCACGUGAGGUGACCGAGGGAUUUGUGGGCAUGAUAGCGGCUGCCCGGGAAAUUGGUGUACUCUAAUAACUGUCAACGCACUCAAUAAAGAAACCCUCUCUAAAAAAAAACAAGUAAGAAAGUUCCAGUCGAGUGUGCUCGUCUGUGAGAUACCCGCUACCCACUUUUAAUAAAGGC